CAACCAUUCAGCACAUAAAUAAAUAAAGUUGUGGUGGCUCUGCUCGCAUUUUUAUAUUUGUGCUGCGGCUGCGUUUUUCAAAAUUCGAAUCUUUGCAAUUUGCGAUAAUGUGAUGUGAUCUCAAAUAUGAAGUUAUAAACAAAAACUGAACGCGAAAGUAUCGUAAAAGGCAAAUGAUCGGAUAAAUUAAGGGAAAACUCCAGAAUUCCCAUAGAGCCAACUCCAAUAGCAGCAGCAACAACAACAGCAGUUCGGAAUCGGAGGCGCAUUGUGUGAGCAAGAUCCACGAAGGAGGGUGAAAGAGAGAAGGAGAGUGGGAAGAAGGAGAGGAGAGGUGGAGGAGUGGUGCACAGAAUGGAUGUUGAAAUACCUGUUUUGGCUGGAUAUCUUAAUGUGCCGACCCAAACUGGAUUUUCGCUAAAUCGCAUCUCGAAAAAGAAAGCAUGCAGUCGCUACUGUUUGCUAUUCAAGGCCAGUCGUCAUGGUAUAGCCCGACUGGAGAUGUGCGAAAGCAAGGAGGAUCGCAACCCGAAGAUCUUCACUCUUGAGAAUUGUGUGAAGAUCACGCAGGAACCACCGCCCGAUCGCCUUAUCCAUAUCGUCAAACGACAUGUUAAUUUGACAUUGAGCACAAGCAGCGAGGAGGAGCUGAAGGACUGGAUCACCGCCCUCCAAACGGUGGCCUUUUGCGACACUUCACAAUCGGUCGGAAUUGGGGCCAUCGAGGAGGACAAUGACCUGUACUGCAGCUCUUUUGAUGGCCUUUUUAUCAUCACGUUAAUUCCUUCAGAGGCCUCCAUUCGUUGCUGCAUCGAACCCAAGACCUAUAUGCUCCAGAUGACACCCACUGAACUUCAGUUGAAAUCAGAGGAUAUGGGUGCUAUAAUUGCCAUGUGGCCGUAUCGAUUUAUAAGGAAGUACGGCUAUCGGGAUGGUAAGUUCACUUUCGAGGCUGGCAGAAAAUGCACCACCGGCGAAGGUGUUUUCACUUUGGAUCAUACCAAUCCGCAGGAGGUAUUCCGCUGCAUGUCUGCCAAAAUGAAAUCGAUGAAGAAACUAAUUAGCGGCGAUAGUCUGAGCACCUUGGAGUGCGGUGAAAAUCAAUUUAGUGCGGCUGCUGGCAUGGAACCCGGUUCGCGAAGUCCCCUGCCACCAUCGCCAUCGAGUAAUCCCCAUGGUGGAGAAUUCGAGAUAAAUUCAACGCAAAGUUGCAUUUCCCUAAGGGGUUUUAUUAGUUCCAACGAUUCGCUAAACAACUUUUCGGCUGGUGGCAGUGUAGGAACUGGAGCUACAGCGGGUGGUGGAGGAAAUUCUUCCGGUGGAAUCACACUAUCUGUACCCGCAAAUAGCAGCAACAGCACUAACAGUAAACACAUUCCCAAUAAACCUCCACGCAAACCGGGUGGAGUCAGCCCAACAACCCAUUGUGAUAAAUACAGGAACGUUGUGAAAUAUGAGCCUGUGGCCAUAACGACGAUAUCCUCGCCAUCCGCCACCUCAGACGUGAACAGUUCGGUGAUAUUGAAACCUUUGGAAGGCGAACCGAUAAACCUGCCAGAUAUUGCACCCGAUUUACCGCCUGAUUUGCCGCUGCGAAAUGAGAGCGCCCCAAAGGCGCCGCCACCAGAGCGGGAUUACGAGUGCAUCGAGAAUAUAACAGAGGCGUGGCGCACCAGGGGCGUGGGCGAUGUUAGGCACUGUGAACGUAUGCCAAUACUCUGCGAUACCUCAGAAUUUGUACGCCAGCGAUCGGUCACAAAAUCCACCUGUAGUGUUCCGAACACACCCAAAAUCAUAGACAUUGAUAUUGGUGAGGGUUGUACAAGUGCGACUUCCAUCGGUGAUUCCAAUUAUGAUCGUUUGGAUUUUCUAUCUCCGAACAAUAAGACAUCGAGUGGCUACAAGACCAUUGUGAAUGUCACACUGCCAGGUAAUCGAAACCGUUGCAGUUCACCCAAUGAAUACGAAUUGAUCGCUAGUCCUGAUACGGAAAGUUUCCGUAAGGCCGAUGAUAGCCAUCUUGGCUACGGGGUGCUGCGAAAGACCAGUAGUACUACGAACAACAAUAAUAAUCUAGGAAUCUCCAAUAGUAACAUCAGUGGCGGCAGUGGCAACAUUAACAAUGCCACAGCCAACAAAAGCAACCUCGAUGCAGCUGCCAUCGAUCAUCGCAGCUAUAAUGGCCUUAACUAUACAAUCGUCAGCAAACCGAAGCGAGUGUGAAAGAUCUGAGGAUUUUUGGGAGUAGGGAUCGGGCGGGCAUCCAGAGAUCCUGGGAUCGAACCGGGUGCAAUGGGGUUUGGGGUGGACCAGGAGGUGAUAAUCCAUGUUUUAUUUGACCAAAAAAAUUGUUUUCAAUCUAAGCCCCCAGGCAAAUAUUAUUUCAAACAGUCUUAACUUAUAAUUUCCUUUCAUAAUUCUAAAUUUUUUUUUAUAAAAAGAUUUCAAAUAUUGAAAACUAACAAGCCAGUAACUGAAUAUUUCCAUUAAUUUUGAGAAUAAGUGAAAAAGAAGAGACUGCCGAGUGCCUUACAGUUCUACAAAAAGAAAAUAGAAAUUAAAAACAAACAAAAACAGGCUAGAAGACGAGGGAAGGGAGUGCUCCGAAUCUCCAAAUCCCAAAAACUGUCCCUUCCUCCGCCCUGCCAAAAAAAAAAAAAAAAAAAAACCAUUCGAAUCGUUCAAUUUUUUGUUAUGUUAAAUUCGUAAUCUGUGAUUGUAUUGUUAAUUGUGAAACUGUUAAAUUUUAGCCAGCACUGCCCGCCACUUGAUUGCACUCGAAAAUCUUAUAUUAAAUAUAAUUCUCUGGACGUAACGAAAAGUUUCAAAAUGUGUAUGCGAUUUGUGCUAAAUAUAUGUAUUGUAUAUUUAAUGAAACUAGAUUUUUAAUACACCGAAAUUGUACUUGUUUCCGUUUUUCCGACCGGUCCUCUCAAGGUUUUUUGUUGCCAUAUAUAAAUCGGUUAUAGAAAAUCCCUCGAUUAUAAUUCCUAUACGUUUUUGUAUGAUAAAUGUAUGAUAAAAACAGCCAUAGGAACAAUCGGUUUAAUGCCAUAAUCUCCAAAAUGUCCCCAAAACAACAGUUGGCCCCUAAUUUUGUUCAAUCUUAGACUGUAAAUAUGUAGGUUUUUUAAGAGUUUUUUUUUAAUUGCACCUCCUCUUAUAACCCAAAAGAAAAAAACAAAUAUAAAGAGAAAAACCCAUGCACGUUCGAGUUCUCAUGCCAGGAUCGUUGUAAACGACAUUUUUUAGUUUUAUGUAAAGGUCACAAACAAAAAAAAAAACACGAACAAUCAAAACAAAUCGAAAAACGAACACAAAAAAAAUACCAAAACGAAAACUUGUGACUUACAUAUUACUUGAAAUAAAUCAUUUUUUUUACUUAUCAUUACGUUUACGAUUAUGACUAUUGUAAUUAUUAUUUUUUGUGUCUGCAAACUAUUAUUGUGUAAAUAAAGACCAACAAAAUCAAACCACUUAAA